CCACCCUCAUCACCUAUUCUCUUUCCAUUCACCAAUUACAAACAAGUCAUCUUGACAGACCAAACAGCUAUUAAUAUCAGUUUCAAGACUUCCCAAACUUUCUUUCAAAAGGGAAAACAGAAGAAGAGGAGCAAAUUAAGAUGGCAGCAGAAGUUCUCCUUCAAGUUUUAUCUGAGAUAAUCCUAAAUAAGGUUGUUGUUCUUGCAUCUGAAUCAAUCGGCCUUGCCUGGGGCCUGAGGGAAGAGUUGAAUAAGCUGAGCAGACAAUUACGCAUGAUUCAAGCUAAGCUGCACGAUGCCGAUGGACGACAGCAACAACAGCAGUCCGUGAGAAUUUGGCUAGAUGAGCUCAAAGAUGUGGCUUAUGAUGCUGAUGAGGUCCUGGGCGAGUUUGAAUACGAGACUCUCCGGCAUAAGGUAGAUGCUCAAAACCACACGAAGAAAAAGGUGUGCAACUUCUUUUCGCUGCCCAUCCUCAUUGCUUUCCAUUUCAAGAUGGCUUCUAAAGUUAAGAAAAUUAACGCAAGGACGGAACAAAUUUCAAGAGAAGCAAACGACUUGCAACUAGUAGAUAUGCUACCUUUGGAAGACAUCACUAUGGAACCAGUUCGAGAUAAGUCUUGCAGGCAGACACAUCCCUUUGUCGAUGAUUCAACAAUUGUGGGAAGAGACCAGGAUGUAUCCAAGAUACCAGACAAGUUACUUGGUCCCAGCAAUGAGGGAGAAGAUCUACCCAUCAUCUCAAUAGUCGGGAUGGCAGGUCUUGGGAAGACAACACUGGCGCAGCUAGUUUACAAGAAUGAGAAGGUGGUGAGGCAUUUUGAUGAAAGAAAAUGGGUUUGCUUAUCAAGUGAUUUCAGUGUCAUAAGACUUCUAAAAGAGAUGGGUGAAUUUCUUGCAAUAACUAUCCCUGAGAUGUCAAAUGUUGAAGCAAUAGUGAACAAGCUCAAAGAAAUAUUGCAACAUAAAAAAUAUUUGCUCGUGCUCGAUGAUGUGUGGAACACAGAUCCUAAGAAAUGGGAUCUUAUGAGAGAUGCUUUGCUGGGAAUUGGUUUUUCAAAGGGAAGCAAGAUUUUGGUGACCACUCGCAGCAAUAAAGUCAUUUCAGCCAUGCAAACAAUUCCCACACAUCAAUUAUCAGGGCUAUCGAGUGAUGACAGUUGGUCUGUCUUCAAGCAGAGAGCGUUCGCAUGUGGUGGAUCAAAAGAAACCCCAUACUUGGCGAGCAUUGGGAGAAGGUUGGUGAAGAGGUGUGGGGGCGUGCCACUGGCGAUAAGGGCACUUGGAGGUUUUAUGUACUCUAAUAAGAAUGAAAGCGAGUGGCAGUCAAUCGAAAAGAGCGAGAUAUGGACAUUACCCGAAGAUGAACUUGGAAUCUUGCCUGCCUUAAAGUUAAGUUACAACUAUUUGUCGCCACCAUCUCUGAAACAAUGUUUUGCAUACUGCUCAAUUUUCCCCAAGGACUAUGUCAUUGAAAAGGAAAUAAUAAUCCUACUUUGGAUGGCUCAAGGAUUUCUUCAACCAUCUCAAGAAAGCAAUUUAGAGAUGGAAGACAUAGGUAAUUUCUACUUCAAUGUUCUGUUGAAAAAUUCAUUGUUUCAGGAUGUUGUAAAGGAUGCAUAUGGUGAAAUCAAAACCUGCAAGAUGCACGAUCUUGUGCACGAUCUUGCACAAUCUAUUUCAAAAUCUGAAAUCUUUCUUUUGGAGGAAACACAAAAGAGGAAAGAAAUCCCUCCAGUUCGACAUUUAUCACUGAUUUCUGAUAAAAAAAUUGAGCAACGAAUUGGGAAGGACAACGGUCAAAAAUUGCGCACCUUGAAUUUUUUAAGACCUUGUGAUGUUCGGGGCGACACGUUAGCCAAUUUAAAAUGCUUGAGAAGUUUAAAUUUGAGCCGUAGUCCAAUCAAAAAACUGUCAAAUUCAAUUGGAAGGUUGACACAAUUAAGGUAUCUUGACAUCUCAAGGACAGAGAUCAGAAGGUUGCCCAAUUCUGUUACCCAGCUGUACCAUUUGCAGACAUUGAACAUGGCGCACUGCAACAAGAUGGUGGAGCUACCGAAAGAACUCAGAAGAUUGAUCAAUUUGAGACAUUUGCGCCUUGACUGGUACAACUCUAGGAGAUUAAUGAAGGAUGCACCAAUUGAGAUGGGACGACUAGUUCAUUUGCGGACAUUACCGCUUUUCAUGGUGGGUCCAAACAAGGGACACCGAAUUGAAGAGCUGGGAUCCUUGAACAGUAUUGGGGGGCAAUUAAGGAUCUGCAAUCUUGAGCAUGUGAGGGAUAAAGAAGAAGCAAAAAGGGCAAACUUGCUAGGAAAGGUUAACAUUGACAGACUGGAGCUUGAAUGGAGCACGGAUACAUUCAAGAACAACAACAACAACAGGAUCUUUAAUCAUCAUGAUGAAGUGUUGGAAGGCCUCCAACCUCACUCAAAUCUAAAGCGGUUAUGGAUCGAAGGCUAUAGGGGUGGUGCAAUCCCAUCAUGGAUGACAACAAUGCUGCAUCUUCAGGUGUUGAACAUAAGGAACUGCCCAAAAAUAAACUCCAUUCUCUCAAGUUUAGAGAGCUUAAUAUCCCUACAAGAGUUAAUCAUUGUCAACUGUGAAGAAUUGAUUGCUCUGCCAAGUGGAUUUCAACUAUGUGCAUCUCUUAAGAAAAUAAGGAUAUGUGGGUGCCCAAAUCUGGAAUCUCUGCCGAUUGGUUUAUCGGAGUCGACUUCCCUUUCAGUUUUAAAAAUUGUUAAAUGCAAAAGAUUGAGUCGUUUCCCCGAAGGACUACUAUGCUGCUUCACCAGUUUAAAGAUAUUGGAGAUUGGAGGAUUUUGGGAAGAGCUUGAUACUUUCCCCUCUCUUCUUAGCAGUAACUGUCGCAGUGGUAGUUAUAACACCACAACUAGCAGCACUACUACUGCCACUGAUGCCAACGACAACAACAACAACAAUAUCACAUUCCACCAGCACCAGCAUCACCACCUAUACCACCUUGAACAACUAGAGUUGUUCGGGUGGCCAAAGCUGAAGUCUCUCCCCGGCCAAUUUCUUCGGCACCUCUCAUUGCUGAAAUCUUUGUGGAUUGAGGAAUUCGGUGGUUUGGAAGCUGUGCCAGAGUGGCUACCAGAAAACCUUGAAGAGCUACAUCUUUUGCAUUGCAAGAACCUAAAGUAUCUACCUCCAGCAGAAUCCAUGCAAAGGCUCACCAAAUUAAGGAAGCUGCAUACUCAUGGUUGUCCCAUUUUGGCAGAAAGAUGUGCCCGUGAAACUGGCCCAGAGUGGCACAAGAUUGCCCUCAUCCCAGAUACAAUUAUUUCAUAAUCUCAACAAUAUAUUGGUUUUCCUAGCAUUCGGCACAGCGAAUCAAUGGAGGCCAAAACAGUUAGGAGCUCACUGAUGGCGUUGCAUGGAGAAGAUGAAGUGGGGAGUGGGGGUGGUGUUGCAGCACCAUGGGAGUUUUUUUUUUCUUUUUCAUUUAUGUUUUUACUACUUGUUUUAUCUUUGAAACUUUGCUGUAAAUGUCUUUUGGAAACUAACAUUUGAAAAAAAUAGGACUUCUACUUUCAUUUUCUUG